AUGUUCAAAGUCUUGGCCAAACUCGAAUCAGAGCAAUCAGAGCUAAAAGUUCUCUUGAAAUUAUCCAAUGAAACCACCUUUGAUUCUCUUUCCCAACAAUUACAAACACACUUCUUCCCGCAUGCAACCUCUCCAAAUAACAACAACCGUUCAUUAACAUUUGACAUUUCCUUUCUUCAUGUUCGGGAUGAUCAACCCAUGCAAAUUCAAAAUAAUGAUCACGUCAAGGAAUUUAUUCAACAAAUUUCUCAAACUACAAAUGGUGUCAACAAGAAGGAGUAUAAAAUUCUCACAUGCAAAGUGAGACGUGAAGAAAGAGUGGUCAGUGAUGAUGAUGAUGAUCGGAAUGACAAGAUUGAAAAUGUUGACCAUGUUCAACCCUAUGAUUCACGACUUGCAAGUGAUUCGUUUGUGAUCAGAGGAGAUGAUGACAAUGCUAGAAAGGUUGUCACUUUGAAAACAAUGGAUGAUGAGGGUUUCGAUUCAAGAUUGGCAACUGAUUCUUUUUUGAUCAAUGAUGACAAAAAGGAUAGAGCUCCAAUCAAGAUCGAUGAAGAAAAAUUGGACUCUAGAUUUGCCAAUCUAUCUUUUGAAAUGUUGAAUACUUCUGCCAAUAAGGAAAAUGUUGAACACAAUCCAUUUUCGUCUGACCAAGAAGAAUCGACGACAUCUACCUUAUCUGAACUUGAGCGAGUUCAAAAAAUGUUAGAUUCUCAAUAUGAACAAUUGACUUUUCUUGCAUCAGGUGGAUUUGGAACAGUGUACUCUGCCAUUCGAAAAGGUAAUCAAAAAAAAGUGGCUAUUAAAAUAAUGAAAACAGAAAAUGAAUGGAAAUUGGCGAACAGUGCUUUGAAAGAGUUUGAAAAGAUGGUGAAAUUAUAUCAUGAACAUAUUGUCAAGACUUAUCGAGCAUUUUUUGUUGGAGCAUUGUCAUCGAUUGGAAUUGAAAUGGAAUUGAUGUGUGGAAGUUUGAUGGAUUUCAUUCAAAAAAAACAAGUGUUGAAUGAGAAAGUAUUGUUGAAAAUAUUGAAACAAUGUUGUCAAGCUUUGGAAUGGAUUGAAAAGAAUCACAAUGUUGUUCACAGAGACAUCAAACCUCAAAACAUUUUGACAAGAAGUGUCGAUUUGAAUGAAAAUGAAAUUAAUGUUGCAUUGGCAGAUUUUGGAUUGGCUCGAACUGUUGAAUCAGUGAAUGUUACACAAUUUGGUGGAACCAACAACUACUUUUCUCCUGAGGUUAUUUCAAAUCAAACAUUUUCAUUUGCAAGUGAUGUAUUUGCGCUUGGAGUGACCAUUUAUCAAUUAAUGUCAUUUGAUAUGACCACUGUUUGGUCUACCAAUAUUCUAAACACGAAUUACAAAUCAUUGCAACAAUUCAUUCGAGACCGUUCUCAAUCUCCAACCUAUUCCGACUUUCUUCUAGACUUGAUCAUUUCCAUGCUCAAAUUUACUCCAUCCGAACGAAUAACCGUAUCACAAAUUUUAGAACGAAUUUCUCAAUACGAGCAAGUUGGAACCAAAAUAUUAAUUCUAAGUCUGUCAACUGCAGAACAAGAUUUUGAACAUGGAAAUCAAUGUCUUGCAAGGGGAGACACAACCCAAGCUUUGGAAUAUUUUACAAAAUCAGCCAAUGAAGGAUAUGUUGCUGCACAACAUGCACUUGGAGAUUUAUACAAUUACAAAGACAGAGUCAUGCUUCCAGAUUACUCACUCGCCAAAUCGUGGUAUGAAAAAGCAGCUGAACAAGGUCAUGCAUCUUCACAAUAUGAACUUGCCUAUAUGUAUGAAUAUGGAGUUAAAAAUCAUGAUCAAGAAACGAUUGUUGAAAUUAAUCCAUUCAAGGCAUUGGAAUAUUAUGAACAAGCAGCAAGUAAUGGGAGUGAUCAAGCUCAAUUACGUUUAGCACAACUCUAUGCAUCUGGAGAGGGUGGUCUUUUACAAGAUUAUAACAAAUCCUUUGAGUUCAUGAAAAAAGCUGCUGAACAAGGAAAUACUGCUGCACAAGCCAUGCUUGGAAUGAUGUAUCAUUCAGGAAGAGGUUGUGAAAGAGAUUUAGCGAUGGGAUGUGAAUGGAUUGAGAAAGCAGCUCAGAAAAACGAUUCUCUUGCACAACAUCUUCUUGGAGUGGCCUAUCGAUUUGGAGAAGGAGUACCACAAGAUUAUUCGAAAUCCAUAGAAUAUUUUGAAAAAUCAGCUGCUCAAGGUAAUCAUGGAUCACAAUAUGAACUGGGAUUUGCUUAUCAGAAUGGUAUUGGUGUCAUUCCGGAUAUGGUCAAAGCAGUUGAAUGGUAUGAAAAAGCUGCCACGGAAAAUCCUCUCGCUCAGUAUGCUCUUGGAUUGAUUUAUAGAGAUGGAUACAGAGAUUUGAUACCUGCGGAUUUGCCAAAAUGUUGUGAAUACUUUUUAAAGGCAGCUAAUCAAGGACAUGCACUUGCUCAACAUGAACUUGGAAUCAUGUACAGUUUUGGUGCAGGUGUUCCAAAAGAUGACUCGAAAACAUUGGAAUGGUUUGAAAAGGCUGCAAAUGCUGGAUACGCAAAUUCGCAAUACAUGUUAGGACUUAUCUAUGAAAAUGGAAGACAUGGAGUUCAACCAGAUGUGAUGAAAGCUUUUCAGUGGUAUCAACAAGCUGCAUUUCAAGGACACUUUUCAGCCAAUGAAAGUUUACAACAGCUGUUUAUGAAGCUUAAUGGUAAUUUUGGAAUGCCCUUGAAUUAA